AUGAAAGCUAAAGAGUUCUCCGCUGCGGAUGCCUUUCAGAGCGAGUAUCACCGGCAAGAUCUUUCCCGCAAGAUUAAAGAGCUCUUUGCAAGAUUUGAUAGGCUUCUCCUGCCGACGACUCCUACCUUCCCUUCGAUCGAAGAGCUCCAAGUGGACCCGGUUGGGGAAAACAGUCGAUUAGAAACGUAUACCAAUUUCGUGAAUUUUCUUGACUGGACUGCUCUGGCUAUCCCUGCCGGCUGGCGAGAGGAUGGUCUUCCAUUUGGGAUAACUCUCAUCGAAGAUGUUUGGGAAGAGCGACGUUUAUUGGAUCUAGGUCGGCGUUGGCUCUCCGAUGCGCCGCGUCUAUUAGGAGCAACUCGCGUGGAAUACGAGGAAGAAUCGUCCAGCCUCCUCGUCGCUGUCGAUGUGAUUCCAAUAGCAGUGGUCGGUGCGCACCUCUCCGGUUUUCCUUUGAAUAAAGACUUAGUCUCUCGGGGCGCAACUCUCGAUACUGCCACAGCUACAGCACCAUGCUAUAAAUUAUAUGCGCUGCAAACAACUGGCCCAGUAAAAAAGCCUGGCUUACAACGUGUCGCGGAAGGUGGAGAAUCGAUUGACGUGGAAAUUUGGAACAUGCCCCCCGCUCAAAUGGGCAGCUUUCUGGGCACUGUCGCGCCGCCGUUGGGGAUCGGGUCCAUUGAACUGCAGAAUGGACGCUGGAUUCGAACCGUCCUCAUUGCCAACCACGGUGAAAGUCCCUUGCAUAUCAUUUGCACCAAUGCUAUGGACAUCAAGUCGAUAGCCAUUUUUUCCGACGCUGAUGCUCGUGCGCCACACGUGACUGCUGCAGAUGUUGCUCUGCCUCUGAUUGGGAAGACCGUGUCCGACACUUAUCUCAUGGUUCUCGGAUUCUGGACCUUACAGUCAAAGCUGGCACUCAUGCUGUGA